AUGAAGUACCUCGCCUCAUACCUUCUUCUCGUUGCUGGUGGUAAGACCGCCCCUACUGCUGAUGAUGUCAAGGCCCUUAUGGCCUCCGUUGGUGUCGAAGCCGAGGAGGAACGUUUGACCUCUUUGAUCUCUGCCCUCGAGGGUAAGAACGUUGAUGAGCUCACUGCUGAAGGUUUGGAGAAGAUGUCCUCUGUCCCUACUGGUGGUGCCGCUGCUGCUUCCGGUGCUGCUGCCGCUUCCACUGAUGCCCCCGCUGCUGAAGAGAAGGAAGAAGAGAAGGAAGAAUCUGAUGAUGAUAUGGGUUUCGGUCUCUUCGAUUAA